AUGGCAUCUCAACAUCGUCCAGGUUUUCAUAGAAUAAUACCGAAGAAUAAAAAACUGCGAUUUCCCAAGAUAUACGUGCAAAAAUAUUGGAAAGGAACCUCAAAUCCAAUAUUUCUGAGACUUCCAAAUGGUGUUCAACACAAAAUAUUUUGGGAAGAACGUGACGGCGAUAUUUGGUUUCAGAAAAAUUGGAAAGAGUUUGCAAAGUUUUUGAAAUAUGGAUAUUUCUUAACAUUUAAACAUACUGGUGGAUCAUACUUCAAGGUGAAGAUAUUUGAUCUUAGCUCUUUAGAAAUAAAUUAUUCAAAUAUAAGAUGUUUAGAUCAAGUUCUUGAAAGUGAACAAGAAACUAAAGUAAUUGUUGAUUUGAGUGAUGAUGAGAGUUUAGAUGAGAGUGAAGAACGCACACAAACUCAAAAGAGAAAAAAUGGCAAAACAAAAGUUGCAGACUUGAAUUCAAGCAGAAACAGAGGUGUGAUUAAGAAGGCCAAAAAAGGUUCAAACAUAGCAAAUAUUAAUGAUUUGAGAGUUAAUAAGGAAUGUCCAUAUUUUGAAGUUACAUUGACACCAUCUUAUGUCAAUUAUUAUAGGCUGAGGAUACCAAAGGUGUUCUCAAGAGAAUAUUUAAAAAAGAUGGAAGAAAUUGCAAUCCUAAAAGUUGGGGAGGAUAUGCCUAUGGAAGUGAAGAUCAAGUUUGAUGCUAACGCGAAUGGAAUGGUUUUGCGAAGUGGUUGGAAGAAUUUUUCACAAACAUAUAAUUUACAAAUUGGUGAUAUUUGUAAAUUUGUGAUAACACAAUCCAAACCACUUUUAUUUUCUAUUGCUAUUACUCGAGCUAAAGUGGAAACAAGACCAAAGAAGUUCCAAGAUGUCUCUUCUGAUGAUGGUGAUGGUGAUACAAUUCCAAAAAGAAAAAGAGGUCAUCCAAAAAAACAUGUUUCCAAAGAUAUGGUGUGA